AUGGCUCAAAGGGUGGUGAUUUCGCGACAGUGCCGGCCGUUGCAGAAGCAGAGCAACUUUGAAAACCGUCCGCUGAAAAACCCUUGUAGAACCGGUGCAGUCGGUCGCAUUGGCUUCCUUUUCUUAUUUUGUCUGAUCCAAGACAACGCUGAACGCCCCCUACUAGCGUGCUUAUCCUGUGCGAAGGGCUUUGCUUUUCACUGUCACCAGAGCUAUACUUUGUUGCCUGUGCAAGCGACGAUCCAACUGGAGACAUCGUCCGUCCUGUUGGGCAUGCCCAUCAGUACCGCGCGCCGCAAAGUCCCAUUUGCUCGAAACGCAUACGAGAAUGUAACGAAUCACAAUGGUAUACCUCAGGUGGAACCUAUUGUCAGCCACCACCGUGAAGACGGAAGUUUUCAGGUAGUAUAUAACUCUUGUCCCGAAGCAGAUUCUCACAAAGACGACGCAGACUUGGGAAUUCCUUCUCCUCCCGGGUGCAUUGGUCGCCUUGUGUCGUUUACGGCAGAAGGCAAGCAAAUUGGGGGAGAAAAAAACUUGGACUUUAGGACUCUCUUAACUGAAGCCAGGAUCGUGGGUUACUGGAGUCCUCUAACAGAGCCCGUAGACGGUCACAAUGAUCUUCGUGGGGCGUUAUUCGCUGUUUGGGCACUGAAGUGCCCUACCGUUGAGUCCACCUGUGAGUGCACAGCGGCGAAGUGCCGAAUAACACUGGAAACAGCAAGUGCGAAGUCAGGAUAUCUGUUGUUCGUCCGGCAGUCGAUAUUUGAAACGUACGAGGGAGACCGGGUGUGCUUAAAUCAAGAAUCCCUCGGAGGACCCAUCGCCAAGGGCUCUUCAGCAAAGUUCACUUUCUGGCUCGUGCACAAUACUGGUUGGGAGUGCGGAAGAGAGGAUAUGCGCGGUGCAUUCAUUGAGUUUGACGAGCAGCAUCCGGAAGGCAUUCGUGUAGGGAGUGUAUUCGCCGUGCGUCAAACCAAAUCUAACCCUGAGGAAUUCCAGGUCGUCCGGACAGUUUGGAAUCGAGCAAGACUUGAAUACAACUUUGGUUUCAAUGCCCUCACGGGGGGUCUUGGGAAGCUAAUGAAUUCUCGCAGUGAAACGGAGAAGGUUUUCCUGUAUGCUUUCAUUAUCAGGGCGAAAUCAUUUGAUGCGGCGCUUGGAAUCAGCCAAGCAAGGUGUUUUGGUGUCCUACUGGACUCCGAUCUCCAGGAGUCAGGAGAUGCUGGAGCGGCUUUGCCUUGCAGACCGUGCGGUUACGCGGCAUUCCUGUUACAUCCGCAAUACCAGGAACUGAUGGCAGUGUGUGAGGACACAUCAAGGAACUCGUCACGGUAUUACGUAGACGGGAAGCCGCUGCUUGGGACCAACAACUCUGUCCAGUUCACGAAUCCGACAGCUAAGGGAAGUCCUGUUUUCGUCCCGGAUGACUUUCGUGCGUGGAAGGUACUCUGGAAGGGGGCUACAGCAGAGAGUCUUCGUUCUGCGCAGACGCCCCAGGCAGUCCAGUCUGUACAUCUGGGGGAGUGGAACCAGGAACUGCAGACUUUCUUCCGCAAUACUUCUCCCGUUGAAGGUAUCAAUACCGCAGGCGCUGACGCUAUUUUUGCAUCCUUCUUCGGCGAAGAUAGCCUCCUUGUUGGCUACCAAGACAGUACUGCUCGCAGUUCGUACCUUCUGGAGUGUUUUUCCAAUGGUACCCGUGUUCCAGGCCAAUUUUUGAAGAUCCUUCGAAGCGCUGAAGCCAGUCUUCUUCCAGCAGCCGCGGCGACGUUCAUUCCCCGUCGGCGUGCUACCGGAGAAGUCAUUUGGUUCUCUCUCUGGAAUGAAGACCGCGUCAGUCAUGACCUGCAAAACUCCUUCUUACCUAUCGCUCAAAGCACGCAAGAGUUGCGCAUCGUCAAGGUUACGGGCUCAAGGGAUGAGGCACGCCCCUGUAGGGGCGGAAUAGGCCCGGACUCACCUACGUGUAAUGCAAGCUGCCACUCACUACAAGUAUACGAGACAAAUAAGACAGUGGGGUCGGACGACGAUCCAGCUUGUGCCUAUGAGGACAGCACGAACUUCGCAGAAGUUUGCUAUGAAGGAGACUGCCCUCUACUUCCCGUCGUCAUCACACGAGCAUCUGGAGCUGUACAGGGAGAAAAGGUGGAUGGCCGGGCGGGGGACAGUCUGGCAGUCUCCAGUCAACCUCCAUCGGCGUUUGAAGUAUCACUACAACGGCCGGCGGAAAUCUGGGCUAUCCGGUCUUUUUUUGUACCUCAAGGGCACACUGAAUUCAAUGUAACUCUGAUGGAUCCCAAACGGACUGUCAUCUACACGCUGCCAACAAGUUUACCUCCUCUGAAGACCAGGAAUCUGACUUUCUGGGAGUGGCGUGACAUGCAGGUUUACCGUGUACAGUACAUCAGGGUCGAUGUGGUGCAAAAGCAAAUGCGGGAGAGCGACAGCCUAGAACUCGCGGAUAUCCACGUUCUCGGCCGGGAGCUGCCUCUGUGCCCGCCUGAGGCGUUCUUCAGCUCCGGUGGACCUGCAUGUGCCUACAACAUGGAAUUUAUUUUAAAAGAGCCGACGGUCUGGGACUGUCAGGGUGAAUGGAGCGAAUGGUCGUACUGUGACUCGACCUGUCGUUCAACGAGGUUCCUGAAUGUGCGUCAGCCUGCCCUUUAUGGCGGCAGACCAUGCCCGUCGUUCGAGAAGAAAGCGUGCAACGCGCCGGCAGGACUGCGUCGUUGCCACCUCGGAAUGGUCCGAGUGCCGCAACUGCCGCCGCCUCAGGAUCCACCACAGGAUACGGGAAGCUGCGGGUGA